AACUGUCAAGAACGGUUUUAACAACUGUUUUGUGAAACUUGUGGGCGUAGAUUACCUUCUCUCUCUCUCUCUCUCUCAUAAACGGUAUAUCCGAUACAUGUAUUCAGAUUUGAACAAAACCUCGAUCUUUUCAAGAUUCAACGGACAAGGAAUCAUCAACUCUUACACUACUCACACUGUACUCAGCAGUUUGAGCAAGAGACAACUGGAUUUUGACACUAGUUGCGGGACGGUAUGAGUCUGGCAUGUCUUGUAUGCCAUGGCAUAGAAAGUCCAUCACAUUCUUUUAGAAGUUACUCUGUGUCAAGUUCGGACCACGAAGGAAGAUGUUCGGCAAUUGCUACUUGCUUGACCAGGAAGAUUUCACUUCCACAUCCAAGAGCUAAUUCCAGCAUCACAUCAUCUAAGGUGAUGCCCCAGCCAACUGUCCCCAGUUCUGGGGUCACAGGUGGUGCCCCGCGGCUAGUCCGGAGCCAUGCCGUUAGAAGGGACCUUGUCAGAGACUGGAAUUUUGAUGAAGUAGGGUUGGAGCGUUAGUCUAGCAAUUUAGGGUAGGAAGCCUCUGAAAUGAAGACUAAGUACAGAGCUUUACAUCGAUUUUUGCCUAGUUCUCUUUAUCCCGUUUUCGUGUUGUUAGUAAAACAUACACAUGUAGUGCAGUGAGUAUUUGAGCAUUUGGAAUGAGUCAAGAAAUUCAAUCUGAAGCA